AUGGGGAGUUUUCGUGUUUCGCUGUUCUGGUUCUGGUUCUGGUUCUUCGGAUACUUGCUCUUCUUUCUCUUCCUCUUCUUCUUCUUCUUCUUCUUCUUCUUCUUCUUCUUCUUCUUCUUCUUCCUCUUCUUCUUCGUGUUCAUCGUUGCCAUUGUCAUUCCUGCUAUUGUCAUCGUCAUCGUCAUCGUCAUUACCCUUCUCAUCUCCAUCUUCAUACUCAACUUCAUACUCACCAGCUUCAGCAUCUCCAUUUCCCUCCUCCUCCUCCUCACUUCCCUCACAAAGACUAGUCUGCCUGCACAACCCACCACCACCACUACCAUCAUCAUCAUCAUACAGGUCCUCGCUGAACAUGGAGGUGCCUGCGGGAAACAGAUCGUACCGCGGCUGCGGCUGCGGGUGCACGCGCACGAAUUGGUCUUGCAGGUGCUCGUUGCCGCGUACGGUCCCUACUCCGCCUCAGCUACCGGUGGCAACGCCUUUGCUCGUGACUUCCUUGCCGGAAUCUCCGCCAUGUAUGCUACGCCGUUAUACCACAACCUUGCCGAUUCAGCUCCUCAGAGAUCCGAGUACGCGACUACAGUCCUGGCUGGGCUUUCAUGUCUCGUCGUUGUUCCAAUCUACGUUUUCUACUGGAAGGGACCUCAGAUUAGAAAGGCCAGCAAGUUUGCCUCGAUUCUUGCAGAGGAUAGGAAAGCAGAGGGGGUUAGGCGGCUUAGCAAGGCUGAUAACCUGCCGGCUUGA